UACCAUUAAACAAAUACCCAUCAUAUUAUUUCUUAAUUCAUUUGUCAAAUACCUGUUGGAAAAAGAAUAUCCUGGUAGUCACAUUGGUGUAGAGCCAACUACAGAUAAGUUCGUGGCAGUGAUGAAUGGAGUAGAAGAAAGGGUUAUCCCCGGUAAUGCCGCGGCCGUGAAUGGACAAUUGCCUUUUCAAGGGCUGAAUAACUUUGGUCAAUCAUUCUUAACAAGAUUUCAAGUCUCUCAAAUUCCUUCACCUGUCUUGGAAAACAUGUCAUUCAUUGAUACGCCCGGAAUAUUGGCAGGCGACAAACAGCUUGUUGAUCGUGGUUAUGAUUUUACCGCAGUGAUCGAAUGGUUUGCCGAGAGGGCAGAUUUGAUAUUGUUAUUCUUUGACUCUCACAAAUUGGAUAUUUCAAACGAGUUUAAGUUGGCCAUUCACUCUUUGAAAGGUCACGAAGAGAAAGUUAGGGUGUUCCUUAAUAAGGCUGACAUGGUUGAUGGACAACAGUUAAUGCGUGUAUAUGGUGCUCUGAUGUGGUCUCUUGGGAAA